AUGGCCUCUCAAAGACCUGGACUACCUGAAUUAAGCAAGGAGGAGAAAGAGAAACAGAGACGUCUCCUCGAGCUCUGUAUGCAACAAGUGGGGUUCUUCAGAGGGAAGAAGAUCCCAGUUUACACUCCCGGAGAUCUCGAGUACGAGAAAUCUGUUGCAAACUCGAACCUUCUCUAUCGCUUUGACAGACCAGGAUGUGUCAUCCAACCCGAGCAUGAAUCUCAUGUUCGCAUCGUUGUUCACCAAGCUAAGACAGUAGGCCUACCUAUACGAAUCAAGAAUGGAGGCCACUCAUACGCUGGGUUCUCUUCUAUCAACAACGGUAUCUCGAUUGAUCUUGUCAAUAUGAAACGCGUCGACCUCGACAUUGCCAACAAGAACAACAUGACCAUCACCAUGGAUGCAGGCGCGCUCUGGGCUCAUGCUUAUCACGAACUGAUCAACGACCAUCAUGAUAAAUUGGUCAUCAAUGGAGGGCGUUGUCCUAGCGUUGGAGUCAGCGGUUUCACUCUGGGUGGAGGACUCGCACCUUUUACUCGAAGUUUUGGCCUGGGGAGCGACACGCUUCUUGAGGCUCGCAUUGUCACUGCAGACCAUGGAAUCGUCCAAGUCAGCCCCAAUGACAGUGACCCCGAAAAGAAAAGACUCUUCUGGGCUCUUUGUGGUGCAGGCGGCAAUAACUUCGGAAUAGUCACCCAGCUCAAGCUGAAGGUUCAAGAACUGCACCACGAUUAUGUUGUUGCAGGAGUCUACACCUGGGCACCUCCCCAUGACUCCAAGUAUCAGACCGCUUUUACAGAAGCGAUGAUAAAGUUCUACACUGCUAGUUGGACCAACAACAUGACGAUUGACAGCAGUUGGCUGAUGGACCUCAAAGAUGCCCGCGUUGAUCCCUCUGUUCGACUUUUGGUCUACUAUAAUGGGCUAGAGACAGACUUUGACAAAGAGGUCGAUGAACGUCUCGGAGAUUGCGGCAAGGUUGAUGAGAAAGACAAGAUUGACAACAAAAACAAGUCACUGGCAGAAGAGCUCAAGGAUCGUACUCUGCAGGAGAACUCAACCCUUUUUCUCCACGAGACUCUUGUAGCUCAGUGGUCAGAAGAAACCCAGAAAGCCCUGCCUUCAAAUGCGAUGUUCAGGAUCUACACUUCUUUUUCCUUCACCGAGGCAAGCGUCAAAGAGAAUAUUUCCGAGAUAAUCAAGACUCUGAAGACAAAGCUACAAGAUUUCAAAACAGACUUCAAAGGCGAAGAAGGCUCAAUCAGAGUCACUUGGAUUCAUUCCGGCGGCAAAGCCAGUGAGAAGGGCCCUCACGACUCGGCUUAUCCUUGGCGUGGGUGCGUCUAUCACACAUAUAUCAUGAUUGAGUGGAAAGAUAAGUGGUUAGAGACGAAGAUGAGGCUGUUCCUUGCAGAGUUCAAUAAGGCAUUGAGAGGAUAUUCUAUGGAUGGGCUUGGUGUGUAUGUCAACUUCCCGGAUGCAACACUCGACAAAGACACAUACGAAAAGGCAUACUAUGGUGUUAAUCGAGAGGAGUUACAGAGCAUCAAGGCAUACUGGGAUAAAGGUAAUAUCUUCCAGUGGCCUCAUGGAGUCCAGGUUGGACCUCACGUUGAGUCUAAGGGCACUGUGAUGGAGUUCGCAGCUCCCCCUCUACCUCCCAGCAGUAAUCCUGCUGUCGAGGGGUUUGUUAACCCACGUGAAGCCGCGGGCGUGUCUGCAUGCAUAUCUUGGGAUACCUUUAACCCGGCUAGCGGUAGCCCUAUAGUUAGUUUAGGUAGCUAG